AGGAAGGGUCACGUGUGGAUAUUCCCUCAGAGAUAAGCGCCUUGAAGGAGGGGAAAGUUGACCCUGAGGGCUUGAUAUAUUGUUGCGAGGCGUAGAGGCCUUGAAGGUUUAAUAAGUGAUUUAAAGGUAUUGCCCUGAGAGAGGGCCAGUGUUUGUGCUGCAGGUUCUUGAAUUAGUGUGAGCCAGAGACAUCGCCCUAAGAGAGGGGGGUCUCCCUGUUCUGAUAAAGUAAAGGUUGGGUUGCCCUAAGGGAGGGGCCCGUGUGUUUCAAGUUGUGGGGGGAAAAUGCUGUUAUGUCGUGAUACAAAGAUAUUGCUAAGGAAUUGUUUUAAGCAAAGGUUAUGUUGUGUUGCAAAUAAAAUAUUGGUAAAGUAAUAAGGCCAGAGAGAGCCUAAGUAUUAGAAGUUGUGGGGAUUUUAAAGGUCUGCUGGAUCAGACUGGUUUUGUUAUGCAGAAGUGGGGAAAGUGAUCAUAUAUGCAAUUUUGGGUUGAAUCAGAGAAAAAGCACAUAUAUUUUUGACGGAUAAGUUGAGUGAUAAGGUGUAUGAAGCAGAAAUAAGCACCCCAGAGGUAAAACUGCUUAGGAGACUAAAAUUAAAAAGGGAUCAAUCUAGCAGGGGGACUGGAUAGAGCAUUUGUGAUUUCUAUAAAAAAUCAAUUAUAGUAGUGGAAGUGCAGGUAGGUGAGUUUAGAAUUUUGACAAAUCUCAAAAUAAAGUUUUUUGAAUAAAAUGUGAUUAGAAGAUUCUCUGGACUAUAGAGACUAAGUUUAGAGAUAAAGGGUAUUAAAGCACAUCUUUGUGAGAGAACAACAGGUCAUAGACAAGAUGUUUCGUGACUUUCCAUGGAAUUAGGGAGUUCAACAGAGAAAGUGUGAGGAGGCUCGUGUGCACGGUGGGCAGACAAGCGUAAAAUCAGGCUGAUAAAAAAGAGAGAAGGGAAGUUUUUGAGGAUCUAGCACAAGAGAAGCUUUGGUAUAUGUGUGCCCGUAGAUAAUUGGGUGCAACGUUAGGAGUAAGUAGAAAAUAAUUUAGAGUCAGUGAGACUUUAAGGUGAAGUAGGUUCAGUCAGGGAGAGAACUCUUAUUAAGGAAAAGAAAGGAAAACAAUAGAACAUGGGUUGGCUGUGAGGAAAUUUGCAAAUUUUUAUACCAGACAGGAAAACAGCCCAAGUGACAGUAGAGUGGAGGAUAACAGUAAAAUAAAGGGCCCAGUAAAGGCAGCAGACACACCAGUACAGCAGCUGGGGAGGGAGCACCCCCUGCUUAAAACAAAGAUAGAAAAGAUGUCUAAAAAGUGGGAGAAUAGAACAAAGGCCCUGGUAACUAAGUGGCCUAAAGGGGGCACAUGGGAUGUAGCAGUGUGUGGGGAGAUGGAGACUCUGAUAAAGUAUCAUAAGGCUAAUAAGAACACAGAAAGGCGUAAAAAGAAAAGGCGUAAGGAACUGGAAGUUUUGAGGUUGUUUAAAGUAAAGGGAGAGACCCGGAGAAGGGACCAGAAAGCAAUGAGAAAGGCAUUAAGUGAGAAAGAAGAGAUGAGGCAGAAAGAAAUAUGGCCACCGUCUUAUCAAAGUCAGUACCCGUUAGUGGAAGCCCCACCUCCUUCAUACAAGGGUCAGUUUCCAGUAAUAGAGGGGAAGGUAGAAUUCAAAGGUGAGGUGACACAGAAGGAUCAAGCAGGAAGUGAGCAGAAAGGAACAGCAAGUUGUUUAGAUGGAUACAGGGAAGUGAGUGCAUUGCUGCGGCAGGCCAUGGAGGAAGGACUGCGAGGGAGUGAGCUAAUAACAGAAGGCCAGGAAAAGGAGAAAGCACAGAAAGAAGACACAGACCAGGAGGAGCCAGUCAUCUUUCCAGGAGAUAAAGUCUACCUGCGAGUGUUCCGGCGAAAGUGGCACGAGCCCCAGCGAGAGGGACCCUUCAAGGUGACACGAGCCACAGCAACAGCGGUACAGGUAGAAGGGAGUAAUACGUGGUACCAUUUGAACCACUGCACUAGAGUACUGCACGAAAGGCAGAUAGUCACUGAAAACGACACAGAGGAUGCAGCUGCCCUUGGCUCAGAUGGCCCUGAUGGAGGUCCCAGAGGAGCUCCACAGCUUGGGGUGGAGCCAGUUUCAGGUUCAGAACAGACUGAGGGUCAAGAGGGAGCGUCGCAAGCAGACCAGCCACUCCAGACAGGACACGAAGCUGUGGGUUCUGGUAGGGCUGACAGCGAUGAUAUUGGUGAUGCUAAUGAUAUAUCAGGCCCUUCAGGUCUGGGGGCACAGCAGGACCACAGGUCAGGUGAGUUCAGAACAAUUGACUUCACUGACUCAGCCUUGUCCUUUGAUGCUGAAUAACCUCUCAGAUAACAAUGAGCGAAAGCGGAGAGAUAGGGAGGAGAUAUGAGAGUGAGGAGAGUGAACAAAUUGUAGAAUAUACCCAGGAUGAAAUAGACCUGGAUGGAUUAGCAAAAUGUAUGCUUGGAAAUUGGUGGUAUAAAUGGGCAAAGUAUACCGCCGCUUCAUUAGAGCAGGAGGGUUGUGUGUUGUGUGCAGGUCCUGACCCUUCAGUUAGGGUAGUCCCGUUCCCAUACACUAAUAAACAGUGUGAAGAAUGGGAA